CCCUCCCUAAAACCAGGCGCAUGUUAAAGCAAAAAGUAUAAGCGCACAUGCAGGCACAGGCAAACCCAUUCUAUACCAUUGCCAUUCUUCGUAAUAACAUAAUAUAUAUAAAUAAUAUAGAGAGGUAUUGUUACAGAGUUAUUAUUAGACAUAUCUAUAAUAAUACUUAACAUUAAUCAUGUCACGAGUCUUAUCCCAGAGUGAAGUAGAACUAUUGUAUGCCAAAUCAAAGACAUACCUUCACCCCACAUCAGCUAAGAAGGAUAAUGUUCCAGGAUACUUAACUUUGAGUCGAGGUAAAAAUGGAACUAAUUUAGAUAUACUUUUAUCAUUUACUCCAGAGACUCAAUUAUCAGUUGAAGAAGUAAAAAUUUAUAAUGCUGUGGAUCUUGAAGAUUUAGCUCUUGAUUUAGAAGCCAUUAGUCUUAGUUCUAAGAAUAAUACUAAUACUAAUACUAAUACCAAUACCAAUAGUAAAGAUCGAAAAAUUUCUAAUACAAGAAUUAUUCCUAAACCUUCAGUAUCUUUAUUAUCAGGUUAUUCAUUUAGUGUACCAUUACUGUAUUUAUAUUCAAUUCAAGUUCGAAAACCUUCAUUAGGAUUUUGGUUUGGAUCAAUAGUAAUUAAUACUAAGGAUGGUGAAAAAUUACCCAUUGUAUUCUUUCAUGAUGAUGAAUCUCCUUCAAGUAAAUCAAGACAUAAAUUAAGUAAUAAAAGAUUUGAUCCAUUUGAUGAAAGUGGUAAUAUGUAUUGGGGAGGUCAAGAAUUUAUUGAAGUAUUGGAAAAAUUUAUUAAUAUUGAAAAAUCAACAGUAACUUCAUCAGUUUAUUUAAUUAAUCCUGAUUCUCAUGAUUUAAGAAAUUUUGCUCCUUUAAAUAUUAAAGAUAAUCUGAAUAAUAAUAAUAAUAAUGAUUCAAUUAAAAAAAUUGAACCAAUUAAUGUACCUGAUAUUGGGAAAUUAUUUGCUUCUGCUAAAUGGAAAGUUUUAGAAACUGUAGCAACUAUAUCUGCAAAAACAAAGAAUCAAGUAAUGAAUAUUAUUGAAGAAAAUGCUCCAUUAACAAUUAAACAAAUUAUGAAUAAACCUGAAGUUCAAAGAAUUGGUGAUGAAUUUGAUCUGGCAAGAAUUUAUUUAGCAAAAUGGGCUCAACAAGUUAAAGAAGAAGCCGAAGAAAGUCAACGAAAGAAUAUGUUACAUAAUGAAAUUUAUAAUAAAAUUAAUCGAGAAUUAGGUUCAAGUGAAAUAUUAACUAAUGAAGAAAUUAGUCAAACAUCUAGAAGGCAUCCAAUAAAUAAACAAGAAUGGGAUUCAUUUUUUGAUUAUAGUGGAAGAUUAAUUCUUACUGUUGAUGAAGUUAAAUCAAGAAUAUUUCAUGGAGGUUUAGAUAAUGAAAUUAGAAAGGAAGCCUGGUUAUUUCUUUUAGGAGUUUAUGAUUGGAAUACUUCCAAAGAAGAACGUGAAGCUUAUAAGAAAUCAUAUGAAACUGCCUAUGAUGAAUUAAAACUAAAGUGGGUUAAUGAUGAAGAUAAAAGAAGUACGGAAUUUUGGAAAGAUCAAAAACAUCGAAUUGAAAAGGAUGUUAAUAGAACUGAUCGAAAUUUACCUAUAUUUAAGAAUCCUUCUCGUAAACAUAGCGGUUCUAAUGCUAAUGCUAAUGGUAAUUCUCGUGAAUCAAGUCCUGAAACUCCCGAUGAAGAUGAACUUGAUGAUGAAUUUGAUAUUUCAAAUAUUCGAAAUCCUCAUUUAUAUAAUAUAAGAGAAAUUCUAUUAACUUAUAAUGAAUUUAAUGAAAAUUUAGGAUAUGUUCAAGGAAUGACAGAUCUUAUAUCACCAUUAUAUGUUACAUUUCAAGAUGAAUCAUUAACAUUUUGGGCCUUUGUAAAAUUUAUGACAAGAAUGGAAAGAAAUUUUGUUAGAGAUCAAUCAGGUAUGAAAAUUCAAAUGAAUACAUUAAAUAAACUUUUACAAUUUAUGUUACCAAAUUUAUUUAAACAUUUAGAAAAAUGUGAAUCAAUUGAUUUAUUUUUCUUUUUUAGAAUGUUAUUAGUAUGGUUUAAACGAGAAUUAGAAUGGGAUCAAGUAUUACAAUUAUGGGAAAUCUUAUGGACAGAUUAUUAUUCAAGUCAAUUUCAUUUAUUCUUUGCUUUAUCAGUAUUGAGUGAUAAUGAACGAAUUAUUAUACAAAAUUUAAGAAAAUUUGAUGAAGUAUUAAAGUAUAUGAAUGAUUUACUGUUAAAAUUACAUAUAGAUGCAUUAUUAAUUCGAAGUGAAUUAUUAUUUUUGAAAUUUAAACGAAUGAUUGAUAUAAUUGAUCGAGAGAAUAGUUUAAAGAGUAUUAAUUCUGAAGUAUAUGGUACUAGUACCACUACUACCAAAGAUGAAAUUGAGAUUAGUCUGGAAAUACGAGGUUUACUUAGUAAAGAAAUUGUAAUUCAAAAGGAAGGUCCUCGUCCAGAAGGUGUUGGAGGAGGUUAGUUUGUUUAGUAUUUAUAUAUAUUUA